CUUCCCGUGUGCGUAGAUUUGCUGCAGCGGAGCACAGCUGCCCCCUUCCUUCUUCUUCAGUACCUGCUGCACCGACGCCGUCCACCGCCACACGUAGGCCGGACUUUAUUGAUUAAUCGACCACGUAGGAAGUCAACAAAGGUGAGAUUGAAGUAAUCCAGUCCACACUCUUAGCCUGUCUGUUUUGGUUCUGGCCAAGGAGAUCAAAUUCUACAAAUGGAUAAUGGAGACUGGGGCCAUAGGAUGACUACUCCUGUUACGUUGAACGUGGGAGGUCAUCUUUAUACGACUAGUUUGUCCACCCUACAGCGCUAUCCAGACUCCAUGCUCGGUGCCAUGUUCCGGGGAGAUUUUCCCACCACUCGCGAUUCUCAGGGGAAUUAUUUUAUUGAUCGCGAUGGAACACUUUUCCGGUAUAUCCUGAACUUCUUGCGGACAUCUGAGCUCACCCUCCCCAUGGAUUUCACCGAAACAGACCUCUUGAGGAAAGAGGCCGACUUCUAUCAGAUAGAACCUUUGAUCCAGUGCCUUAACGAUCCCAAGCCAUUGUACCCACCUGAUAUCUUUGAGCAGGUAGUGGAGCUCUCCAGCACCCGAAAGCUGUCAAAGUAUUCAAACCCAGUUGCAGUGAUCAUCACACAGCUGACCAUAACUACUAAGGUCCAUUCCCUACUUGAGGGGAUUUCCAACAACUUCACCAAGUGGAACAAACACAUGAUGGACACCAGAGACUGUCAAGUAUCAUUUACCUUCGGACCAUGUGACUAUCAUCAAGAGGUGUCUCUGAGGGUGCACCUGAUGGACUAUAUAAUGAAGCAAGGAUUCACUAUUCGGAACACACGUGUCCAUCACAUGAGCGAGCGUGCAAAUGAGAACACAGUGGAGCAUCACUGGACUUUCUGUAGACCCGCCCACAAAGUGGAAGACUGAGCUGCAACGUUGAAAUAGUUGUUUUUAAUCAUAUUAUAGAAAUAAUGACAGUCAAGAAUACAUUUGAUCUCUGUGUAGAGUAGAAGAUGUCCUAAUAUUCGUUGUUCUUAUUUUGACAGGCUCCAUGUAGUUCAUGGUCCAGUGAACAAAAAAGAAAAUAUGAGCUGUUGAUUUAUUUUUCAGUUGAAAUAUAUCCAGAUCAGAAAUACUGUUUGGAAUGCUUUUAUUUAUUUGGGGACACUAUUUUAUUAAACUACCAAAGGUAAUCCAAAAUGUGGAUAUAAAUGUUCCAGUACACUGCAUACUUUUAUGCCUAAAUCAGUAAUAAUGUGAUUGUAAGAAAGUGUACAAUAAUCUGAGUUGCUGUUGAAUCGAACAUUUUAACAUGUUAGUGGUUCAAAGUUUUGUAGGUAAGACCACAAGAUACUGUAAAAUGUGGAGAUUUAGUUGGUACCCUACAUUGGACACAAGUCAUGUUUUUGGGGGGGGCAAAGUAUUCAGGAUAUUUCCUUUAUUUUGUUUACCUUUUGCCCAAUUUCUGUUUUGUUACUAUAGAUUUUAGAAUUAGUGUGUAUAGUUCUUUGUGUCCUUGUGCUGUGCUACUUCGGAAGUCCCAUGUAAUUGUUGCAUGUCUGAGUUUCUUGUGUAUGUAUUUGCUAUGUGCGUUUUGAAGUACUGUUACUGUUCCAUUUCAGGGCUCAUUACCACUAAUGAGCAAAAUAAACCAGCUUGUGUAUUUGUCAGUCA